GCCAGCCUGAGAUAUCUGCUGCCAGACACAGUCCAUCCUUCAGCUGAGCUGCUCUUGGAAACCUGCAGUCACCAUGGAACAUCACUUUGGUUUAAUCACUGUCAACAAGAAGCCAGUGCCACUGAAGAGCAUCUCAGUAAACCUGUCCAUCAAUGACUUUGUGGCUGGGGUGUCUACAACCUUAAAUUAUGAGAAUAAGGAAAAAGUCCCACUAGAGGCAAUCUUUGUGUUCCCCAUGGAUGAAGACUCUGCUGUCUACAGCUUUGAAGCCUUGGUAGACGGGAAGAAAAUUGUGGCAGAAUUGCAGGAGAAGAUGAAGGCCCAUAGGACCUAUGAGGAUGCCCUCUCCAAGGGCCAUCAAGCUUACUUAUUGGAAGAGGAUGACUAUUCCAGGGAUGUCUUUUCUUGCAAUGUGGGGAACCUCCAUCCUGGGUCUAAGGUGGCAGUUACCCUGAGGUAUGUGCAAGAAUUGCCUCUGGAAACAGAUGGUGCCCUUCGCUAUGUGCUCCCAGCAAUCUUGAAUCCAAGAUACAAGCUCUCUGAAAGGUCAGCAAACAGUUGCUUGAAUAUAAAGACCCCUAUAAUGCCUUUGGAAGACCUGCCCUACACACUCAGAUUGGUUGCCACCAUCACUUCCCAGCAUGGCAUUGAGAAGGUCCAAUCCAACUGCUCCUUGAGUCCUAUUCAAUACCUUGCAGAUGACAUGACUUCUGCUCAGGUUUCCUUGGCUGAAGGAUACACAUUUGACCGGGAUGUGGAACUCCUGAUUUACUACAAUGAAGUGCACAGUCCCAGUGUAGCUGUGGAGAUGGGGAUGCCAGACAUGAAGCCAGAUAUUUUGAUGGGAGCUCCUUCUGUAAUGGUGAGUUUCUAUCCAGAUAUUCCAGAUGUGGAAGCCUCAAGGACCUGUGGAGAAUUUGUGUUCCUCAUGGACUGCUCUGGAAGUAUGGAGUCCCCCAUGAACAACCAAAAGGAUUCUCAGCUACGCAUAGAAGCUGCCAAGGAAACUUUGUUGCUGUUGCUGAAGAGUUUACCCAUGGGUUGUUAUUUCAACAUCUAUGGAUUUGGAUCUUCCUAUGAAAAAUUCUUUCCGGAGAGUGUGAAGUACACUCAGAAAUCAAUGGAGGAGGCAGUGGAAAAAGUGGAGUGUUUAAAAGCAGACCUAGGGGGCACUGAAAUCUUGAAACCACUCCUGAACAUUUACAAGGCGCCCUCCAUUCCUGGCCAUCCCUUGCAGCUCUUUGUCUUCACAGAUGGAGAAGUCAGUGACACAUUUAGUGUCAUUAGAGAGGUUCAGUUAAACAGCAAGAAGCACAGAUGUUUCUCAUUUGGUAUUGGAGAAGGAGCCUCCACCAGUUUAAUCAAAGGCAUCGCUCGGGUAUCAGGGGGCUCUGCAGAGUUUAUCACAAGCAAGGACAGGAUGCAGACCAAGGCUCUUGGGUCUCUGAAGUUUGCGUUAAACUGUUCAGCGGAUGACAUCGCUCUAAGCUGGGAUUUGCCUUCUGGUCUGUUAGCUAGCAUGCUUUCUCCAGAGCAGACUGUCAUUUUUAGGGGUCAAAGGUUAAUCAUCUAUGCCCAACUGACUGGGACUAUGCCCCAAGUGGAGAGCUCAGGAGAAGUGUGCCUCAAGUACACUCUUCAGGGCAGGAGUCUUGAAAACAGGGUGACCUUUUCCCUACAACCCAAGGCAAACGCCGGCUUCACCAUUCAUCGCUUGGCUGCGAAGUCCCUGAUUCAGACCAAAGACUGGGGCUCCCAUGAGACUUCACAAAAAACACAAGAGGAUGUUAUAAACAUCAGUAUUCAGUCUGGAGUCCUCAGCUCUUUCACAGCUUUCAUUGCCAUAAACAAGGAACUCAACCAGCCUGUGCAGGGGCCUCUGGCUCACCGAGUAAUUCCAAGGCCGGUGAUGUCUGCAUCAUUUUGUGCAUAUAAAGUUAAGAGUCAUACUGAAAAUUGUAUAGCCAAAUCUUCGUGUGUUAGUAAGGGAAAUGUGGCAUCCACAAGAAAGGUGAAAAAGUCAGAUUCUUCCAUCAAGAAAACCAACUUGCAAAAUGACUACAAAGGUUUUGGAGAAAAAGUUGCUCUGCAGCUGAUUUUGCUCCAAAAGGCAAAUGGCUCAUGGGAGCUGGAUGAGGAUCUGACCAAGAUCUUGGGCACCGAUUUGGAAGACAUCAAGGCUGCAAACCCUGCCAAGGAUGGGGACCCCUCUGCCUGGGCCACAGUAUUGGCUAUACUCUGGCUACAUGCCAAUGGCAAGGACAUGAAAUAUGAGUGGGAGCUUCUGGAAAGGAAGGCAGUGACCUGGCUUCAUGACCAUGCAGGCUCCUCCAUCCCCAUGCUUGUGCAAGCUGCCAAUAGUCUCCUGAAAUUACCUGUGACUCCUGCUGUGUUUGGCCUGUGA